CGACCGUUUCGUUUUCUGGGGAUUUUCCGGCGGCUCGCCAACUUGCGCCGCCAUUCCCAGGCCUGUGGGAUUAAUUUCCCCACCCAAAAGCUUCUGGCCGUGGGAUUUAAUUUUCCCAAACAAGCUUUUAUUCUCCCAACAGCUGAGAGAGAGAGAGAGAGGUGGUCAAUUUUUCCGGCCAGGGAAUUCCGGCCGUUGUCUGGGCAAUUGUCGGGCAGGGGAAUUCUCCCUUCAUGCUCCAUUAUUUUGAGUUUCGAGAGAGAGAGAUUUUUAUUUUUGAUUUUUUUCUACUGAUCCGGCGACCGGAGGAGACUUUUCCGACGACCGGAGAAGGUUUUUCCGGCGAUAGUGUUGAAUUUGUGAUGUUUGUCGUUUAUUUUGUAAUGUUCGUAAACUUUGUUAUUUUGUAAUGUUUGUGGGUUCUUUUGUAAUGUUUGUAAGCUUUGUUAUUUUUGUGCAACAUGUUUAUCAUUUUUGUCAACCAUGUUUGUAAUGUUUUUUAUGUCUAAAAACAACCUGGUUGACUUUUGGAUGGAACUCCUCUAUAUAGAGAUGAAGCCUCCAAAGUCAACCCGGGUGUUUUUCGAGUUUGUAUGAAUUUUUGGUCUAGUUUGUCAUUUUUGUCCACAAUGUUUGUAUGUCUAAAAAACACCCGGGUUGACUUUGGGAAGGAGCCCCUCUAUAUAGGGAUGGAGUCUCCAAAGUCAACCUGUGUGUUUUUUCAGUUCGUAUGGAUUGUCGGUCUAGUUUGUCAUUUUUGUUCACCAUGUUCGUACUGUUUGUAUGUCUAAAAAACACCCGAGUUGACUUUGGGAAGGAGACCCUCUAUAUAGGGAUGGAGCCUCCAAAGUCAACCUGGUUGUUUUUUCUUUUUGUAUGGUUUGUAUUGUUUGUCGGUCUAGUUUGUAUUUUUUGUACAGUUCAUAUGUUUGUAAUGUUUAUAAAUCUGUUUGUAUGUUUUGUCGCUCUAGUUUGUACUGUUCGUAUGUUUGUAUGGUUUGUACUGAUUGUAAGUCCGGCUUGUAUACUUCGUAAUUUUCCAUAAUAUCCAAACUAUCCCUGUCAUUAAUUAAAUAUCCCUUCCCACUUUUUAACCAUCAGAUUGAUGUGUCCAGAUCUAAGGGUUGGGAGGGGCUUAGUCAAGUGCCUAAACAUCCCCCUUAAUCACCGAAUCAGCACUCUGUGGAUGGUUUAGGCAAAGCCGCACAUUGCGAUACCCACAUACAGGUUGGUCCAAACUAUUCCUUUCUAAUUGCCAAAAUUAAACUGAUAUUCUCAUGAGACCUCGUCAACAAAAAGCCGACAUCCCUCUCUACAUCUUUUCCCCUGGCGGACCGUACCUUUCUCUUUCACUAAUUAUUAUCGUCUCCAUUCCGCCAAUCCGAUUCUUCUGUACCUGCAUCGAAUCUUCGGCGCUAUCCAUCCUCCUCUUUCGCUUGCGGCCUCAGAAGCAUAGCUUAGCCUGCAAGCGCACUCUCGAAUUCGAGAUUUUCUCUGUAGCCGCCGAGCCGCGACUUGUUUUGUUUUCAUCGUGUUUGUUCGUCCUCUUCCCUAUUGGGUUUGGUUAAGCAGAGCAGCAACCAUGGCGGGUCAGGGGACAGGAGGGAGGGGAGGCAGAGUUGUCGGGGACUACAUGGUUGGCAGGCAAAUCGGGUCGGGUUCCUUCUCCGUGGUCUGGCAUGCUAGGCACCGGGUGCAUGGCACGGAAGUGGCGAUAAAAGAGAUUGUUACUGGUAGACUUAACAAGAAGUUGCAGGAGAGUCUCAUGUCGGAGAUCUUCAUCUUGAAGCGGAUUAAUCAUCCUAACAUCAUUUCCCUUCACGAUAUUAUCGAGGUUCCCGGCAGAAUACACAUUGUAUUGGAAUACUGCAGAGGGGGCGAUCUUUCUAUGUACAUUCAACGCCAUGGAAGAGUGCCAGAAGCACUUGCUAAGCAUUUCAUGCAGCAAUUAGCUGCUGGCUUGCAAGUUCUCCGUGAUAAUAAUCUCAUACAUAGAGAUUUAAAACCACAGAACCUCCUGCUGUCCACCAAUGACAACAAUGGCAUACUAAAAAUGGCAGAUUUUGGGUUUGCUAGAUCUCUUCAACCAAGAGGCCUUGCUGAAACCUUGUGUGGUUCACCCCUUUACAUGGCUCCAGAAAUAAUGCAACUUCAGAAGUAUGAUGCAAAGGCAGAUCUCUGGAGUGUUGGUGCCAUCUUAUUUCAACUUGUAACUGGGAAAACCCCAUUCACUGGGAGCAACCAAUUGCAGUUACUCCAGAAUAUCAUGAAAUCAACUGGAUUGCAAUUUCCACCAUAAGUUAAUUUGAGUACUGAGUGCACAGAUUUAUGCUACAGAUUGCUGCGUCGAAAUCCAGGUAUCCCAUUCAUACCAACUUGAAAUGGGAAAUACCUUCUCAUGUUUACUGAAAGAGCAACUUAUAGCACCAAGUCCUAUUUGGUGUACACGGAAAAUAUUCCUCGUUAAUUUUAUCUUUCAAUCUAACAUUUAGCAGAUUUUGUGGCCUAAGAACUGGAGUAAUUACUGUAUUUGUAGACUAUUUUUUAAAGUAUCAGGUAGAGAAUCAUUUUAUUAGUAUAUUGAUCUUUGGGAAAUUUUAGAAUCUCAAUUUGCAUUUGUAAGUUGUAACUUAGCUUCACUUUUGUACAUACAGUGGAACGGUUGACUUUUGAGGAAUUCUUUAACCACCCAUUUCUUUCUCAGAGGAGAGCAGAUGAAUCAUUGAGGUAUCUCUUGUAGAAGUUCAGUCUGCUUGACCAUAAUGCAUCUCUCCUCUCAGCUUCUAAAACAAGUUUUGUCAGGGCUCAGAGACCUUCAAGAUUUGCAGAUGGCUUCUCACCGUCUGAUACUAAUUCCCUUGGGAAAAGCAGUCCUCAGGAGGAUUGUCUGCCAUUUUUUCUGGAUGAUGAUUCUAGUGGUCCUGAGGGUAGUCUUGCUUUCUCUACUAGGAACUCAUCAAUCAAGACCACUUAUGGAUUUUCUCUUGACACUAGAGCUGAUGAAAGGGAUGCAAAAUUUAAUGCUUUAAAUAAUGUAGAUAUUACACCUUCAGGGCAUAUCUCUGUCAGAUACCCAUCUGGUAAUUCUAUAGCUAGGCCCACUAUCAAUAAACUUUUGGAUGAAAAUCAAAGUGAAACUUCAAAGACGGCAGCGCCAAGGCCAGUGAGCAGCAUCAGGCCGAGAGGUAACUGAGACAUGUCUAGACCCAUGACUUAUAAUUAUCUUUAUACAAUGCCGUAUUGCUAUCCAGUCGUUGAUUCCUGAUUUCUUACACAUCAUAUGGUUCAUGCAGUCGUGGAUUCUCUAGAGUCGAUUGAUCUUGAUUAUGUUUUGGUUUCUGGACCACCUUUGGAUGUGUCUUCUUCUUUGGCUGGCAAUUCCAAACCUAGCCAGAUACCUUUUAAAUCUGAGAGUGCCCCUCAAACAUCGGGCCAUAUAAUACCUAGACCUAGCGCCCUUGUUCCUUUAGUUGGAACUGGCAAUCCUACUACUCUUGCCCGCAUUGCAAGCAUCGAUAGUCCAGGCUCUGCUCCUCGCACUUCCCAAGGAUCUACAGAUAUAGGACGUUCCCUAGAGCAGCCAUCACCUGACUGCAUGACCAGGAUAAAGUCUUUGAAGCAGUGCGCAUCGACCAUAACUGAACUUGUCCAAGAAAAGGUAACAUAUUCGACAUGUCCUCUAUCAUGGGUAUGUUAGGCUCUGCUUAGUUCAACUGAUAUGAGGUCAUUGGGUGUAGUUGUCGACUGGAGCAAAGAUUAGAAAUGAAAGUGUGCGAACAAAUUAUUGCAAUAAAUACUCUUUUUUGAGCAGUUAUUGAAGUACUUGAUUGGUGUGGAAUUACUUGGUCCCUGAAGCUUAUUGCGUUUUUGAGAAGAGAAACGGGUUGAAUUGGAAAUGAAGAAAAUAAUAGAGUAAAGUAGGGUCCAUAUGAUUUUAAAAUUAGAUGUUAAAGAUAAAAGUUGGUUAUUUGAUUAACUGAUGCCCACUGGUCGGAAUCAAGUGUAUAGUCUAUGGAAAUCACAAGACUUUACCGUGACUCCGUGAGUUCUGAAUUAUGUGAGGUCUUUCCUUAAAAGUAUAGUACUGCUUUCUUAUCAGCACUUAGUUGUUGAAUAGAUCGAGGCUGGCAGACAUUUGGAAGCUUUCUCAAUCCAACUUGUCAUACUUGCAAUUUGGAAGCAAGCCUUGCAUAUAUGCCAUGCUCAGGCUGCUUCAGCCAUUGAAGGAAGUCCAAGCCAGGAAAACAUAAGAUUGAUGAGGAGAAGCAGCAGUAAGAUUAAACAUGGUACAUCAGAGAUGGAAUGUUGUUCUGAUGAUAUUGGGCCGGAGAUAAACACCACUCAUAUUGAGAGAGAUUUUCUUCGGGAGGUUGAGCAUGCCGAGGAACUUGCCAAUGCUAUUGAACCUGGUAUGUUUUUUUAUUAUAAAAAAAGUGUGAUGCAUAGCUGCAGUUUUCCCAAUUUACCUCAGUAACCUGGAACUGUUCAUGACAUGCAAACCCUGUGCUCUUUUAUUUUAUAGUUUUAAGGCUCGUCAAUAUAACUUUCCUGGUUUAAUGCACUUAUAGGCUGCACUAAUAGAUGUAGAGACUGUUGAGUUAGGAAGCUGUUUGCGUGUAAGGGAUCUGUUUGGCCCAGCAAAGCCCUGGUUAAGAAAAGCAAUUGAGCAUC